AUGGGUUUGAAACUGAAGGACCAAAUGAGAUUUGGAGACGAAGAAGAAAAUCAGAGCACAUUGUUGGACAAGUAUGAAAGGCUGUCUUUCGAGGUUCAGUUAAACCAGGCCAUACUUCUUGGAAGGAGUCUGUCUGAGCCAUCGACCUUUGGUACCAGGACAAGGACGGUGAAUACUGCUGCUGCUUCACCAAUCCCUGCUCACCAUCAUUAUGUUCACCAGGAAAAGCACCCCAAAUCACGCUUCAUUCACAAACUCCUCAACAAGUUGUUCAGCCCAAAAAAGUUUGCUUCUUCAUCUUCUCCUUCCGUCUCUGCUCCUGCAAAAGGAGUACCCAAGCAGGACUACUGCAAGUCCAACAAGCUGUGGAGAAAACCAUUCAGUAGAUCUCUCAGGAGGCCUUGA